CAAGCUCCAAUAUCAAUAUCCCACAUGGUGUAAAGUAUAAUAAAGUUCUGUCAAAACCUCAGAUCAAAAGGAGUACCGUACUGCCCUUGUAUCGCCAUCUAAUCAGGGAUCGUCUCUCAUUCUCUCAUUCUCCCAUUAUCACUGCCAUCAAGCACAAGUAUAAUUCCCACAGUCCUCGCAAAGGAACCAUUCACAACCCUCGACCCCCUCUCUAGACUCUAUCAUCCAUAUUCGACCGGCCCUAACUUGUCCCAAUUGAUCAUCCCAAGGAUUUCCAUUUCUCGUCACUUUACUUUCUCCCGUCCCCAAAACGUCAAGCCCUCUCUCAAAUUUACAAGGGUGUACAUCUGUAACAACCCUGUAGAGAUGUGAAUAUUUGUCCUUCAUCCCCCCGAUAUAUUCAACGUCGAAAAACCCCAAAAUCCAAUUCAGUUGGUUGCACAGUACAAAAAAGUCUCUCGAACUUUAAUCUUAUACCUACGGCCCAGGUACAUAUACCGAUACAACUUUGCCUUUCAAACAAACUUGCUCUCUAUUCGAUUGGUUUUUGAUCUGAUAGGGAAGAAAGAAGAAAGAAGAAUAUUUUCUAAUAUAAUUUUUAAAAAGCGGUUUCGAAGAGGGGAUCAACCUAUUUAUCAUUUAUUAUUCACCUCUCCAUUCUCCAUUCUCCAUUUCUCUACAACUACCGGCCGGUGCUAAAUUCACCCAUUGUCACGUCUAAACCUCGAUCCGAAAAGAAGUCACCCAAACUCCAUCUCCGUACAGUUGAAAAAAGAAAAAGUAAAGAAACGAUCGAAACACCCAAGAGAAAAUCCACUCUCCUUUACACUCUCCCCCAGUUCAACCGGAUUUGCACCGGUAUACAUCCUCUCCGACCAGACAUAAAAAAAUCAUUCAGGGAUUUCUAUUGGCAAGAUGUCCGGCUACCCAGCACCGAAUGGUCACAACAACAAUAAUAAUGGCUACAAUCCCUUGCCUUUGCACGGCCCAUCAUCGAUUUCAUCACCAAAUGAUCCGUUGAUGUCCCAUAAUCAGCAGAUUCAACAUCAACAUCAGCAUCAGCACCAGCACCAGCAUCAGCAUCAGCAUCAGCACCAGCAACAACUCGGCAUAUCUGUCGCACCGUCAUUUCAAUAUGAUCCUCAAUCAAUGGGAGCUCCACAAGGUCAGCAAUCACCACAAAUGCCCCCACCAAUGCCGCAAUACAAUGAUGGCAUGACCAACGAUCACAAUGGUUUACCUGUUCAAACUGGAACACCAACAUCUAUGAAUGGAACCGGAGAAGCUCCAAAGGGAAAUAGAUUAAGGAAAGCAUGCGACUCAUGCAGUAUCCGAAAAGUUAAGGUGAGUGGAUAUCAUGGAAUUUCCUUCCAAAGCUUCGAUUGCGGGGUAAAUGCUAACAAUUAAUUUUCUUGAUAGUGUGAUGAAUCGGGUCCUCCAUGUCGAGCAUGUGCAGCAUUAGACAUUCCAUGUACAUUUGAAAGACCAAGUCGUCGAAGAGGCCCACCAAAUCGACAUGCGGAAGCUAUAAAAAAGAGAAGACUCGAAUCUCCAGGUGGUGGGCCUUACUCCUCUCCGACAUCACCAAGCAAUGUUGCCGCGACUCUGGCAUCAUUUUCUUCACAUGCAGUUCUCUCUGCUGAAUCGAUAUUGCCUUUCCCUACUCUCGAGCUUUUCAUUGAUGACUUCUUCACCUACAUACAUCCACUUGCACCUUUCCCACAUGAGCCUUCCUUCAGAGCGGCACUCAAAAAUCGAGAAGAUUUACAAAAUCCAUCAUUUCUUGCAUUGUUGGCAUCCAUGAUUGGGAUAUUGGUAGCAUCAUUUCCUAGAAAGCCUAGGCUACACUUAAAAUCUCAGCACCGAGAACAUCUAUUCCCAAAUUCACUCGCCUUGGUCGAAAGAUGUCACAAGGUGGCAGUUGAAGCUAGGGGAGCUGGUUACCUCGAUAAAAACCUUUCGGUGUAUGAUGCAGCUACAAGUUAUUUCUUAGGAUUGUCAGGCGCAUAUACAUUCAAUUGGAGACAAUGUCGUUUGUAUUUUGGAGAGACCUUGAACAUUAUAAGAAUGUUGGGAGCGCAUAGAACCAAGAAUGCAGGUAUGGUGACGACUAUGGGUCAUCUUCCUGCUACAUUUGGUGCAGAAGGCCCUCAAUAUGUUGAUCAAACUGAACCUAUCGAUUAUAUUCGUCAGGAGAUGGGUAGAAGACUAUUCUGGGUUAUGUUCGUUGGUAUUCGGUAAGUGAUUCUGGCCCUUUUUUAAGAGUGCUCCACUAAGAAAUUAGAUCAAUGCAACAAUUAGGUGCCACUUUUGGUGAACUUUUAAUCCCACCACCUACUCCAAACGAACCAUAUCCUCCACUUCCGGUGGAAGUCGACGAUGAGUACAUCUUCCUAGAUCAUAUUCAACCGCAGCCCGAAGGUGCCGUAUCAAGCAUCACCGGAUUCAAUAUGGGUGUCAAGAUAUAUAUGACAUGUACGCCUCUUGCAACAAUGGAAGUGGCAUAUGGUAUCGAUCAAGUCUUUGACUUUAAACGUCAAAAAAAAGUACUCUCACAAUGUCUCAACGCUGCAAAGCACGUCCUGGAUCAGUUACCAAAUGAGCUGAUGCUUCUACCAAACCCAGAGUCAGGUGAGUUUGGUCAACGAGAUGAAGCCUACUAUCCACCUUUGGAAAAUUUUCCAGGUGCUCGUUCGGCUGGACUUGAAGGACGGUCCUGGAGCGAAGUCCCAGUAGAUGAGAAAAGAAAAAAACAAUAUGAAAUUAUGAAAUCCAAUAUUUACGCAAGUCAGUUAGCCACCAGGUCAUAUAUCGUGGAGAAGUAUUGGAACCUUGAAGAUGCCUACGAACAGCUUAAAGCUAAAGCGGGUGGUUCUGAGGAUCUCAAACUAGGAUCUCCAGGUCUUAUGGCAACUGGUUUAGAUGCAGUGCUACCACAACCAGCAACAGAAGAAUCGAUGGAGUCUAUUGUCAUGAAUGAAAGAGAAAGUAUUGUGAAGGAUUUGCUAAAGGCGCUGAGUUGUCUUCAACAAGUUAAUAUGGAGCCAAAUGGUGGCAGCUUUGUUCGUCUACCCUUCUCACUUUUUUCCAAUAAUUUUACAUUCGGUUUUGCUAAUUAUCAUCAUUAUAGGUCAACAAAAUUCGUCAAAUAGCUUCUACCUUGGUCGAUACCCCUCAAAAUCGCAAAGGACCUUUCGCGUUACGUGCAGAGGAGUACUUAGGCAAAUUCCUCGAUAUCUUAAUGAAACUCGAGAGAGCUAGUCCUAGUGGUGCUAGGAGUGAAAGUGCCGAUGGCGUAGUUGAUGAAGAAGAAGAAUUAAGCAAUUGGGCUGAUCUCAGAGAAUAUCAAACGAGGUUCGCUCAAUCGGGGGGAUUUUUGAAUGAAUUGUAAGAUCAAGCUUGGGUUUGGGGGCAGGGGCAGGGCGGAAGGGGAAAGAUAUGAUUUUAUGCGUUUGCAAUGGAAUGGUACGGAACAUGUGCAAAAGGGGCUUGGGUACAGGCGUAUAUCUUUAAUUGUAAAAUGGACGGAUGGAUCGCUGGGUCGGAUUUGAUGGGUGCAUAGAUGGAUGCCAUAGGUGUCAUGCGUGGUACGGAAUAUACAUGUAUGAUUUGGUGGACGGAUCCUGAGAUUUCAGGUUCAAUUGCGGUUAUGUGUGUAUAUCAAGAAUUCAUAAAAAGAAUAAUCAAUCAACAGGAUGGUAAAUAAAAAGUUGUAUAUGGUUUGAGGAUUAGAUGGAUAUAUACAUGUAUGUACUAUGGGUUUUGAUAGCUUGGUGGGUAG